UUAGCGGGAUACCUGUGGGAAGCCAUUUCGUGAUUACUUCAAAUACCAAAACAAAUUUACCGACCGGUCUUUAGAAAGGGCUAGAAACUAAAAUAAUAUUCAAAUUGCUUGCAUUUAGUGUCAACUUAGUGUCAACUCGCCAGAGGGGACAAAAGAUCCGGAUAGCCAUUCGUCAACAAAUCUCGCUGCUUUGUUUGACGUUGCGUUUCCAAGGCAAAGACCACUGUCGCUUUCCCUUAUCAUCGCGUUUACAUUUCGUGGUGUAUUAUUUUCUUAACGGAGAUCACUUAAGUGUCACUAACGUAGAAAGAAGUUUAUACAUUUUGAAGAGAUAACCCUCGAGAAAAUGAGGUGUUUUAGUUUGUGGCAAUCAAAUAGUUAUUGUGAUUAGAAAUUGUCGAAGAGCGCGGGAGGAUGACCAGGUCGUCAGUUGUCGUCCUGUUUCUGAGUGUUGUGACAUCUAUAAAGUCAGACGAAGCGUCAGACAAUUCCGCGAUCAUCUCAUUCAGUGACGUCAAUCUGGCAUCAUGGAAAAGCGAUGGAAGAACCGACAAGUUUAAGGAUGCCAUGGCAACAGUCACUAAUGGUUACUGCUCUAGCGACCCGGAUAAGUGCGGGUUACAGAGAUGGAAUGUCACAAGAAAUUUUCAAAGCAGCGACGUGGUGCUUUUGGCAGGAUUUCCCAAACAACGCGACAAAAACAUCGAGCUGAAAUUCUACCUCCACCUUCCCGCUGGAAACGAUAUAAGAAAGACCUCCCAUACUGUUCUCCCGAAAAGCGUUCUAGAACACUUGAUCAAGGCGAAAUCGACUGAUGUGAGUUCCACGGUUGGAGUGGAUGUGAUGGAUGAAAAGGCGAUGGCCCCAUUAGAUGAUACGCUGAACUAUAUCAUGAUUCCGCUCAGCUUUGGGGUCCUCUUGGUACUGUGUUUCGUCGCGUGCUGUUUAAACCUGAUGCAAAAAAGGAAAGAAAACGCACGAAGGCGGGAGCACAAGCGAAAUAUACAAAUGGAACCCAAACCUUCAACUUCUGGGACGUUAAACACGCCGCCUGACACUCUCGCAGUCAGAGUAGAGAGAUCCAAGAAGAAUUCCAAAAAGAGUGAAAUACAAGAACCCAGUGAUGAAACACCGACACAAACAGACGCAGCCGUUGCUUGUCUCGAGGAAGGUGCGGCAAGGGCGUCGGGAAGGAGGAAAAAGAGGUCGAAAAAGUCACAGAAAGAGGAGGGUCACGAAGAGGGGGCGCAGGCGAAUGAAGGGUACAUGGGAGAAGAGGAAUCCGAUGAGGAAGAGGGCAACGAGGAUAAAGAUGUCGGGAUAACCUCACCCGAAUUCGCCAACGGCAUUCGUUCUUCCAAGAAAAAAAAAAGACGCAAGACAAAUAAGACAUGUGACCCGCAGCUCAAGGGGACAGACUCGGAAGACGAGGGGAGUGGUGGACAGGUACCUCCUGAUGUCCUGCCCUCUAAGCUUCCGCCGCUCAAGAAGCUCCCACCCCUGAGCCAUCUAAGAAAAGAGAAGCUUGACGACAACGACAAGUAGAUGAUAGAAGCCACAGGGGUCCCAGACAUCGCGUUCAGCGCAUCCAGGCACAGAGCGACGGGGAAGGGGGAUGCGGUUCCCCAUUUCUACCCCUAUGACUUAGAUUUCAGAAGAAAUGUUUUAGUUUGAAUCUCAAAUUCACAAGUCUACCUACGCCAUGUUUGUAUGUUUCCCUCUCCCCCUUCCCGUUCCUUUCGUGCAAUCCUGGAUCCGCCCUUUGACGGCGACGUACUGGCUUUCGGAGGUUUCUUGGAAUUGUUCUCGGAAAAGCUGAGCUUCUAGUAAAGGCUCCGGGUGUUAUCAUACAGAUGCGGGCUAGUGAAAAUUUAGAUAACCUUUAUUCAUCCUUCAUUCUGGUCAUUGAAAUGACAAAUUUGUGCGCACAAGCCCACAAUUGUACAGUAUUUGUACCAAAGAUUAGGAAAAAUGUAUACAGAA